AUGACUGGCUGUGGUCGAUGCGUGCAGGAAGUGGCGCUGGCACGAGGGAAAACCGCCCUGGUCACUGGCGCUGCUGGCUUCAUCGGGAGCCAUGUGGCAAGGCAUUGCUCCGACCUUGGGAUGCGGGUCCUGGCGCUGGAUGACUUGAGCGGUGGUUUCCGGGCCAACGUGCCGGAGGGAGUGACCUUCAUUCAAGGACGCCAGCAGCACCGGUGUCCGGAUGCGGAGGGAGGAGACAUCCGGGACGCUCAGUUGUUGGAACGGAUCUUCAAUGAGCACGAGGUGCAUUAUGUGUACCACCUCGCAGCCUAUGCAGCUGAAGGCCUUUCGCAUUUCAUUCGUUCCUACAACUACCGGACCAACCUGGUGGGCUCUGUAGAGAUUUUGAACCAAGCCAUCAAGCACCGCGUCCACUGCUUCGUCUUCACCUCGUCCAUUGCAGUCUAUGGCAGCAUUAAUGAUCUGUCACAGAUGCAGAACCCUAAUCGCUCGCUGAGCACCAGUGGCCACAAGGCUCUUCAUCAUCAACAAGGCCUGAAGGAGGAGGACCGACCGACGCCCGAAGACCCCUACGGCAUCGCGAAGUUCGCCUUCGAGUUGGACCUCCAAGCGGCCAAGGAGCUCUUUGGCAUUGACUUUGUGAUCUUCCGGCCGCACAAUGUCUACGGCCCUCAUCAGAACAUGUUCGACAAGUACCGCAACGUCGUGGGGAUCUUCAUCAACCAGAUCUUCCAUGGACAACCCUUGACGAUCUUCGGGAGCGGUGAGCAGUUGCGCGCCUUCAGUUACAUCGACGACGUGGCGCCCAUCUUGGCGCGGGGACCGCUGCAGCACCGCGCGCGCAACGAGAUCUUCAACGUGGGUGCGGAUGUGGCCUACAGCGUCGCUCGGCUCGGUGUGUGA